AUGAAGGUCUCCACCUUGGCCCUGCUCACCAUGCUGCUGGCAGCUCUCUGGACAGAGAGCCAGAGCGCCUCCUUCCGCAGCCUCUACGGCACCUGCUGCUACAAGAAGAUGUUCUUGAAGAACAAAAUCCCAGACAACCUCAUCAAGAGCUACCAGGAGACACCUUCCCACUGCUCCUACAGGGCUGUGCGUGUGGAGACGCUGAAGGGGCAGAAGUUCUGCGUGGACCCAAAGAAGAAAUGGUUCCAGGACUACCUCCAGCGGAAGGAGGCGAACAACACCUCUACAUGA